AUGAACAGUGAUAUGUGUACCUUUUAUGUGUCUUUGGGUGACAAAAACAAUGUUGUUCAAAGAGUAUGCACAAGAACAUAUCGUUUACUAUCACAAUAUAAACAAGAAAAAAGCUCGAAUGUUUUCUGUAUAAAAGGAGAUUUACACCCUAUUAGAGGGUACGAAAAACAAAAUAAAUAUAAUAAUAAAAACUUAGCGAAAAUAAAAAAUAAACAGCCAAAGAAAUGUUCAUUAAAUAAUAUAAAAAUUAAUGAACAAUCUAGGAAAAGUAAAUCUUCUGUAUGCAACGGAGGAAAUUCGCACAUUAUAAAAAGAAUGUUCGACAAAAUACAUUAUAAAAAUCAAGUUAGGUUUAUUACGAAGGAAGAUGUUAAAUUUUUAAGAAACAACACACAAGCAAAAGAAGUCGCACUUUUCAGUUUACCUACAUUUGUUAUAUUAUUAGAAAUAAUAUUUAUUUUAAUAAUAGCAAAUCCUGAAGUCCUUGGUGCUGAUAUGUUUACAUGUGAAUGGUGGAGCCCAAUAAUUAUAGUAUUUUUUAUAAUAACGGUUAUAGUUAUAUUAAGGGCUAUUAAAUUAUGUAGAAAUAUUGAAAAAAAUGAAAAGUUAAUAAAUGUAAAAAAUAAACUAAAUUAUACGAAUUAUCCUUCUCUCAUUAAAAACGAAUUUUUUAAGAAUUAA